AUGACGGACGUACAACGCACAAGACACGUUCUGCGCAGGUCGUAUGCCUGCGAUGAGUGCAAGCGGCGCAAGAUCCGCUGCUCCGGCGAUGAGAAUUGCUCCAACUGCAAGCGAGAUAUCAAACUUUGCCGGUAUUCCUCGCCUUCUCAGAGACUGUCAACUUUACAGAGACGUCUUCAUGAGCUGGAACGCGUGAAGGCAGACAUGGAGCGGGCAUGGGCCGUCUACCUCCCAUCAGUCGAUCUCCAGGAAGCGCUACAAACAAUCCGCCUGCAAAAUGACAGCAACGAUCCCGUUCCAGCCGACCAAAAGCGGCAAAAGCACCAUAACGACGUUACUCACUCGACGGAGCAACCUCCGACCAGCUUCGCAGAGCACAGCAAUGCCGAGGACUACGAGUUCGACGAGUCGCAGGACUUUGACAACUCCACCGAUGGCAUGGGGUUCCUGACUGUCGAUCCGCACAAGGCCGGCUAUACGGGCCCACAGUCCGGGGUUGCGGCGCUGAAGUUUCUGCAGUCGCUUCCGUUGUAUUUGCCGCUGAGUAGCUUUACUCCGGGAUCUUCGCUGGAUGAUGAGGAAGAUGAUACGUCUGCUGCUGCGGUGCAGCGGAGGCGGGCUGAGAUUAAUCGGUACUUGGAUGACUACUUUGAGUAUUAUCAUCCUGCGUACCCUAUUUUGCACGAAGGGACAUUCCGAGCACGUGUUUCAGGCGCAUUGGCCAAACCCCGUGAUGGAUCAUGGCCACUACUAUACAAUAUCGUCCUUGCAAUCGGGGCCUUUGUCGGAGACUCCAACGCAACCAAAGUCGAUGUUCCGUACUUUAAAGAAGCCCGAAAGCACCUAUCAAUGGACGUGCUGGAGAAAGGGUCCCUGAGCUAUGUGCAGGGGAUAGUCCUAAUGGCUAACUACCUGCAGAAACGCAACAAGCCAAACGCGGGCUUCAUAUUGAUCGGAAUCGGAUUCAGCAUGGCGCUUGCCAUUGGACUGCAUCGUGAAUUCGGCAUGCCAAGCACCUCACCAUUCACCAUGGAGAUUCGAAGACGCGUGUGGUGGACGCUAUUCGUGUUCGUGUCUGGCGUCCAGCUUAUCCUAGGGCGACCGGCCGUGUCGCUGGUCGGCGUCACCGUCCAUCUCCCCGCUAACGUGGACGACCACGACCUUGCAGUCGACAUGGACGCGCUUCCCGAAUGCGGCACAGGACCAACCAUUACAUCCUGCCUGAUUGCGCAGGUCAACCUCGCCAAGAUCGCCAACGCUGUCCAGGUCGAGCUGCUCACGCACCACCUACCCACGUACCAGAAAGCCGCAGCUCUAGAACAACGCAUCUCAGCAUGGUACCACGAGCUCCCAGCACACUUCAGCCUUGACGUCCCCCUUGAACCACGCUUCGACAUCCCGCGUCGCGUACUCCUAUGGCGCUCCUUCCACCUCCGCAUCGUCAUCAACCGUCCAUUCCUCUUCCAACGCAUCGCUGCCAAAUCCAACCUCGCGACAUCCACAGGCCCCAUCGCUUCCUGUCUUGCCGCGGCAGACGAGUGCGUCACAUCUAUUUGCGCAUUCCUCGAGUCAACUGAUAACCGCCGUCGCGGACUGACCUGGUACGCCACCUGCUGGCUGCUCACGGCUACUUUCGUACAGGCGACCUGCUACAUUUAUGAGCCGGGGAAUGCGCUCGCGCCGGGUUGGAAGAGUCAUAUUCAGCGCGCGGUUGAUUGCCUUGGUAGUUUGGGAUCUUCACAUGACAUGGCUCUGCGAGCAAGAGAUGUGCUUCAGACGGUUCUUGAACACGGGCAUGGAUUAGCCGCACCGGGUAAUUUCACUCCAUACACUUCGACGCAGAUCCCGGCACCGUUUCGAUCACUCUGGGCACCGUCGGACGAUCAAGCGAACUUCAAUCCGUUUUCUAUGGGUCUCGAUCAGAGUAUACCGGGUUACCCACAGGGGUCUUUUAACGCAGAAUUUCUAGAUGCAACAGCUGGUUUGAUGAUACAGAACUUCUUUGAUAGUACCGACGAACGGCAGAAUAACUCAUGCAUGCCUGGGUAA